CCUCUCUUUUUACAGGGACCCCCUGUCGGUCCCCGCACCCCAGCUUGGGAACCACCGAGUUUGAGCCAUCCCACUCUGCGGGCUCCAUGCUACUAUUGUCUAACAGGAGAGCGGGCUAUUUGCAAAAUAAAGGUAGCCUGGUGUCCUUGCUUUCAGCCGCUAUGUGGGCUGAUGCAUGCUUUUGUUUUUAACGUCGGUCUGAUCCGUCGUAGUCCUCCUCCUCUCGGGGUUUUUCCUCCCGGACAGCUUCGGGCUUCUCGGCGGUCGGAUGCUGGAAGUGCUCGCCGAUCAGAGAGCACGAAGGACCGGGAGAGGGGAGAAAAAAAGGGGACGCGAAAAGGAAGGAAGGAAAGAUAGGGGAGCAUUUUAAUACCAAAUCGGGACACAUGUUGAGCUAACAGCCCGCUCCUCCUCCCUCCUCCUCCUCCUCCUUCUCUAAAUGCAUUUGUUGCCUCAAUCGCUUUCCCGUUACUAAUUACUCCGCGUUAAGGAUAAAGCCAGAGGACCUCCUCCUCCUCCUUCUCCUCCUCCUCGUCCUUCUCUCAGGCUCCGAGGAUCCUCACUCACCGCUUUUAACGGUGGACCAUCAUGGAUCUCAGUAAAAUUGCUGUCAGCAUCAAUAAGGCCAUCAACACACAGGAGGUUGCUGUCAAAGAGAAGCAUGCCAGGACCUGCAUCUUGGGGACCCAUCAUGAGAAAGGCGCACACACUUUCUGGGCAGCGGUCAACCGGCUUCCUCUCUCCAGCAACGCGGUGCUCUGCUGGAAGUUCUGCCACGUCUUCCACAAGCUGCUGCGAGACGGCCAUCCAAACGUGAUAAAGGACUCCAUGAGGAACAAAGCUGAUUUAACCGAUAUGAGCAGGAUGUGGGGUCACCUGAGUGAAGGCUACGGGAAGCUGUGCAGCAUCUACCUCAAACUGCUCAUCACCAAAAUGGAGUUUCACAUCAAAAACCCUCGUUUCCCCGGCAACCUGCAGAUGUCAAACAGACAGCUUGACGAGGCGGGAGAGAACGACGUUAACAACUUCUUCCAGCUGACAGUCGAGAUGUUUGACUACCUGGAGUGCGAGCUCAACCUCUUCCUGGGCGUAUUCAGCUCUCUAGACAUGUCUCGAUCGGUGUCUGUGACGGCGGCAGGCCAGUGUCGCCUGGCCCCCCUCAUCCAAGUCAUCCUGGACUGCAGCCACCUGUAUGACUACACAGUCAAGCUGCUGUUUAAGCUGCACUCAUGCCUUCCAGCAGACACUCUCCAGGGCCACAGAGAUCGCUUCCAAGAACAGUUUAAGAAGUUAAAGAGUCUGUUCUAUCGCUCCAGUAACUUGCAGUAUUUCAAGAGGCUGAUUCAGAUCCCACAGCUGCCUGAGAACCCUCCUAACUUCCUCCGCGCGUCGGCUCUGUCGGAGCACAUCAGUCCCGUGGUCGUGAUCCCCGCCGAGUCGUCGUCUCCAGAGUCGGAGCAUGUGGUGGAGACAGACGACCUGGUGGACACAGACGUCCCCGUGCUGCCGGCUGCUUUGGAGACCAAGUUUGACAACCUAUUUGGCACCUCGGCACCGAUAGACCCCUUCAACUUCAACAGUCAGAAUGGCAUGAGAAAGGACGACAAAGAUCGUCUGAUUGAACAGCUGACGCGGGAAAUCCAGGCCCUCAAAGAAGAGCUGGAGUCGUUCAGACUUGAGAGUGGCCGCUUGUGUCAGGCGCUGAGGGGGCGUGUCAGCGAGCUGGAGGCCGAGCUUGCAGAGCAGAGCCACCUGAGGCUGCAGGCUGCCGGGGAGAGCGAGUUCCUGAAGGCGGAGCUGGACGACCUGCGGAGGGUCAGAGAGGACACGGAGAAGGAGCAGCGGAGCCUGACGGAGAUAGAGAAAAAAGCUCAGGCCAAUGAGCAGCGCUACACCAAACUGAAGGAGAAGUACACAGAGCUGGUUCAGAGUCAUGCAGACCUGCUGAGGAAGAACGCAGAGGUGACCCGACAGAUGACGGUGGCUCGGGCUGCACAGGAUGAAGUGGAAGCAGUGAGGAGAGAGAUGCAAGAGAAAGUGAAGGCCGCUCAGGAGGUUGCAGAACGACAGGAGAGGGACCAGCUGGAACAGCUUCAGGAGCUCCAAAGAGAGCUGGUGUCCAGCAGGGUGGAGCUGGACUCCCUGAAGACCAACAUGGCUUCGUCACAACAGUCGAGCGAGGCGCUGAGCACGCAGCUCGUCGCCCUGGAGUCCGAGAAGGCGGUGCUGGUGCAGUCCUUGUCGAAGGUGGAGGCGGAGCUCGCUGUCCGUGGGGACGAGCUAGAGCGAGUCCAAACAUCUCUGGCGACCGAGAGGGAGAGCGGGGUGAAGACGGCGGAAGCCCUGCAGAAUCAGCUCAAUGAGAAGGAAAGCAGGGAGCAGGCACUGGAGAGCCAGCUAGUGGCAGCUCGCUGGUCCAGUCUGCAAGGAGCUGUGGAGGAGGCGGAGAAGAUCAUCCGGGACUCGCUGGCUCAGAUAGACGACCCGGCACACAUCAGCUGCACCAGCUCCGCAGACUACCUAGCAUCCAGAUGUCAGGCCUCUUUAGACUGUAUGGACAGACUCCACCCUACCAGAGAGGCCUUCCUGGCUGACAACACAGGUGUAUCUGAGCUGAUGCGAGUGGUCACCCAGUGCGGCCACCUGGUGGGCGACACCAUCGUUCAGGGUAGUGCCACCUCCCACAUGGUGCCUGUGGAGCAAGCUGAUGCUCUGUCAGAGAGUGUGAAGACAUGCGGGGCUGAAGCUCUGGAUCUGUUGGGCCAGAUGAAGCAGCGGGACAGCCUGGCUGCAGCAGACAACGGCAAGCUGAAGGCAGCUCUUGAGGCCAUCCUGGCCACUGCAGAGAAACUGCGUCCUCGGGGUCUGGAGCUACAGCAGGGGGAGCUGGGAGAUCUUGUGGAGCAGGAAAUGGCUGCCACUUCCACCGCUGUGGAAUCAGCAGCUGCCAGGAUAGAGGAAAUGCUCAACAAGUCUCGAGCAGUUGAUACAGGAAUCAAGAUGGAGGUCAAUGAGAGGAUUUUGGCCUCCUGCACAGAGCUGAUGCAGGCGAUCAAGGAGCUCAUCCUGUCUUCCAAAAAUCUGCAAAGGGACAUCGUGGAGAGUGGCAGGGGGGCAGCCUCCAUGAAGGAAUUUUAUGCCAAGAACUCCCGCUGGACCGAGGGCCUGAUCUCUGCCUCCAAAGCAGUGGGAUGGGGCGCCACUGUCAUGGUAGAUGCGGCUGAUCUGGUGGUGCAGGGCAAAGGGAAGUUUGAGGAGCUGAUGGUGUGUUCACAUGAAAUAGCUGCCAGCACCGCACAGCUAGUUGCUGCCUCUAAGGUAAAAGCAGACAAAGACAGCACCAACCUGCACCGUCUGCAGCAGGCGUCCCGGGGCGUCACACAGGCCACCGCGGCUGUCGUGGCCUCCACCAAGUCUGGAAAGUCCCAAAUUGAAGACAGAGAUACGAUGGACUUCUCCAGCAUGACUCUCACCCAGAUCAAACGACAAGAGAUGGAUGCACAGGUCCUCGUCCUGGAGCUGGAGACUCGUCUGCAGAAGGAGCGAGAGCGUCUCGGCGAGCUGAGGAAGAAACAUUACGAGCUGGCUGGGGUAGCGGAAGGCUGGGGCGAGGAAGAAGAGGGCACAGGUUGAGAUCUGCCCUCCUGUCGUCCACCUCCUCUACUAGAAGACCGGCUUCUGUCUGCCUCUUUCUAUUUAUACACACACUUUUCUUCCCCCCUUUGUUUUCUUCUCUCUUUUUUUGUUUGUUUCUAAGCCAAAUUAAAAGGUGCUUCUUUUCUAAUCCUGCUUCUCCGCCCGUGUCUGAAAGCUUCCAUAAAGGACAGCACCAAGGGCUUAGUGAAGGGAGGAACAAAUGGAUGUAAGGAUUCAGGGAAGGAAAGGAUACAGCCCUGAUUUUACAGCCUCCCUCCUCCUCCAGCCACAUAAUGAACUGUGUUGGUGAAAAGCAGUCGAAGUGAAGUGGAUCCGUUCUACAGAGUAUUUAUUGUCUGUUUUUUUCUUUUUUUCCUUCCCCGGUUUUUAAUAAUGGCGCUUCAUGGCGCUAUGAGCACAGGUUGUACUCGAGACAUCCCAGGAUACACUGCACAAGAGGGGAGAUCAGUGACUGUAUGCCGUUUCCCAGCCCUAAAAUCCUGUCUCUGUGUAACAUAGAUGGCAUGCGUGCUCUCCUGUUUAGACCAGUUUGUUCCACGUUGUGAGCUUAUAAAGCUGUUGGAGCCUGAGCUGCUCUAUCUGUCUUUCUCUUCCUCUCUAUGUUUUCUUCCUAAUCUUUUUGUCUCACUGUGAGUUAUCACCUUAUUGAGUCCAUACCGCUUCACUGGCUGGUUCACUGGACUUUCUGCCUUUCACCUCUCCACCAUUGUAACGACCUGUGACUGUUAACUUGAGCCGACCCCCGUUCUUUUUUAUUUGAUUUUAACAGGCGCUUACAUGGAAACUCUUAAAAUCGCUCCAAACUGGAGUCAGAGAGUCGUUUGCGACCAGGAAAAUAGAACCGUUUUUUGUUUUUUUUCCAUCCGUCUCCUUGUGAGCUCUGAAACUCCCAACUACCUCAUGCUACAUCUUCAGAGGUAGCAGUGCAUCAUGGGUGGGUCUGAUGGAAGUUGCCCAAACACUAAUGACGUGGGGUCAUUUUCCCUUUUAUUGUUUAAAAAGUAGGAGAGGUUAGUGGGAGGAAAUCUUUUUUUAUAUAUAUACAGAAAAAAGCAACAACACUUUGGGGUCUGCUAAUUUGUCUUUCCUUCCUUUGGCAGAAAGGUUGUAAUAAAGUUUAAGCCCCAUUGGUGCAUAUUUUUUACAAAUGUCAGUGGUUACGCAGCACUACAACAAAUCUGUCACAGCAGCAGCAGCAGCAGCAGCUUUGGAUCCAGUCACAUAAUGAACUGCUAACGAUGUUGUCUUCUGACAGACGGCUAUCUGAGCUGUUUGCUCGGUUAUUUCCUGGACACGUAAUGACUCUGCCAGCAGGACGACUGUGCUCCUGGAGACAGGACUGCUCGUUUGAAUGUCAGUUUUUGGGUUUUUUUUGGGAGGGGGGGGUUUAAGGCUGCACAAACCUUUUAUUCAUGAAAUGUUUAAGAUUUAUCUGGUGUAUCACAUGAUCCUGCCUCUUCAAAUAACCUACAGGUCUGAUGGUUGACUACAGUUUUUCUAAAUCCUUCACUAACAGUCUGCAUUGCAAAGGACCACAGUGGACUCUGUAGUAUGCAGCACACAGACUGCAGUGUUUUCCAUAGCUUCCUCAAGACCAAGUAGCUGUGUAUAUAAACUACAAGCCUUCUAUUGUUGGAAAUAAUCGUUUGCUUUCUUUUCAUCUACAAGCAUUCACAUUUUGCAUCUCUUGCAAGUAAGGAUUCAGUUUAAUUGAAUUAGGGAUACAAAAUGGUUCAUAUGAACACCACAUGUAACCAAUAUAAGUCAUUAUUUUUUCCAUAAGAGAUUGUUAUUUAACAGAAUUUCCUACUAAGAUUGAUGGACUGACUUUCAGCUUGUUGCCAGUGAACUCUCUGAGAAGACUGAUCAUGCCUAGAGACGAGCAGGCAUCCCGUUUUGAAUUUCCUCUUUCUGUUUGACGAUGGAAGUGAUGCUUCUCUUGGUCUUUCUCUUUGUGUCUUAACAUACUUAGUUUUGAUGCUCCGCUUCAGCUGUGUAUCUACAAAGUUGUGACACUGGUUUAUUUAACAGACGCUGGUUAAAUAGUAUUUUCCAAUCAUUUUACUUAAAAAAUAUAUAUUUUAAAUCACUCUGGAGAAGCAGAUGAACGAGAAAAGUGUUUUGUUAAUCAGAGUUGGAAAUAAUUUUCCCAUUUGGCACCAACCACUUGUUGCUCCAACCAAGUUCAAACAAACAGUACUGUUGGGUCGAGGUCUUUGUAUUUGUAAUGAUUUUUGUUGUCUCUUCCACACCUGGGCAAAUUGGUGAUUUCAUUAGAAAUUGAAAUAUAAAACAAAAAAAUACAAUAAAAAAAAAAGGAUAGAUCUCCUUUUUAUGGUAUUUCAAGUGUCUUGAAAGAUGAAUUGAAUGCACCUUGAGUGAUGUUUGGUUGUAUUUUUUGCCCAAAUAUUCUUUAUUAACCCCCCUCCUCUCUCUCUCUCUCUCUCUCUCUCUCUCUCUCUCUCUCUGUCUCUCUCUCGGGUCUGUGUCUGUAGUGCUACCAGCUCGGCCAGCCUUUCAAACUGCCUCACACUGUAGUCAAAGAGAAACAAAUACUCACAUAGCAACAUUGAAAUAUGUCUUUGUAUGAUAUACUAAAAAACUAUGUUGGUGGGUUUGUUUUUAUUUUUUCAGUUUUUGAAAUAAAUAUUUCAACUCGUUAAUACAGA